ACCCCUUCUUUGGCUCAGGAAAAUUCAUGCUUAUCUUGUUAUAAUAAGUGUGAGAAUGCUUUAGAACCAUCUCCCCACCCCUAUAUAUACCCUAGGCCAACUUCCAAGCAAUUCAUUCCCUCAUAUCCCACCAAAUAUUCCCAAAGAGAGAGUGAUAUCUAGUUUUGCUCAACUUUCCUCUAUCUUGUUCAAGUGUUGUCCUACCUAAGUUAUUUUCUAUAUUGAUGUAUUGUUUCUAUCAAUAAGAAUACAUUUUUCCUUUAGUUUGAUCUUUCUUCUAUUUUACGGUUGAGUCCUUGGACCAGUGUACUUUUGUUACACUACUUGAGAAUUGGUUGUCUCAUAUAUAUUGGAAACCAUAUUUCUCUUCACCUACCACACACUGCCACCACCAUUCUCCCAUAGCAUCUCUACGCUCUUCUGUUAAGCUCUACAGUAAGCAUGUUCUCGUUUCCAGUCAUAUCAACUCCUAUCAUGGAAAGUGGCAAGGUACGUGGGGCCAGCUGCGACGAUGGGAUCUACCAUGGAGUGAGAGCAAUCACUCUGGAAAGUGGCAAGGAACGUGGGGCCAAUUGGGACGAUGGGAUCUACCAUGGAGUGAGAGCAAUCACUUUGGAAAGUGGCAAGGAACGUGGGGCCAGUUGGGACGAUGAGAUCUACCAUGGAGAAAGUGACGAGGAACGUGAGAGUAGAAAAAAGAAGGGCAUACUGUCGUUGGGACAAUGGCGAGGAUAUGGUGGGCCCAGCUGGGACGAUGGGAUCUGCCAUGGAGUGAGAGAAAUCACUCUAGAAAGUGACACGGAACGUGGAAGUGGGAAAAAGAAGAGAAUACUGUCGCAGGGACCGUGGGGAGGAAAUGGUGGGGCCAGUUGGGACGAUGGGAUCUAUGAUGGAGUGAGAGAAAUCACUCUGGUUUAUGCCCUUUGCAUCAAUUCCAUUCGUGUGGUCUAUGACAAGAACGGUAAGCCCGUCUUAGCAGAAAAGCAUGGAGGUAGAGGAGAUUAUUUAAAGGCCGAGAUAAAGCUGCAAUACCCAGAGGAGUUUCUAGUGAGGGUGAGCGGGCACUACUCUGAGUUUAAUGGGAGCCAAGUGAUCCGAUCACUGUCAUUCGAAAGCAACAGAAGAAACUUUGGGCCAUUUGGAGUGGAAGAAGGGACGCCAUUUACAUCCUCCAUCCUUGGAGGAAGUAUCGUGGGUUUCUAUGGCAGGAGCGGUCGGUACAUAGAUUCCAUAGGGUUCUGGGUGUCCUCUUGGGUUCUGGAAGCCAGAAGUCUAAUGUUCAAAGCUCCAGAGCGUUCCGUCAAAGUCUCACCAGGACUGUUUCAACGGCUUCUGCCCCUAGACAUGAAGAAAUCUAAGCUCAUCACCACACUCCAUUAACGCCCUUGCAUCCACUUUUGGUGCCUAAAAUAAUCUGUAUUACACUUGUUGCAGUUCUUCCAUGACAAUUUAAAGAGAUCCAAGUGGGAAAUAAUGCUUAGUGUCAACUCUCCAUUUUCUCUCUACCAUGCAUAUAGAUUCUGCAGGUUAUAAUUGUCUACUCGGUCAACUGUUUACAGCUAAACUUAUAAAUCUAUACCUAUCGGAACUUGUUCUAUCACGUUCUUCCUUUAGAUGGAUUAAUGGAAGUAUGCUUUUGUGGGAA